UAUAACUGGAAGCAGCAUGGUCAAGGGCACCGUCACCGGUUGAGAGAGAGAGUAGAUAGUAAGGAAGUAUCAAGGAGUGGACUCUCGUGUCAGCGGCUGUCACAGAAGACCUCGGUCAGUUUGAGCAGUGUUGUACAGAAGCAAUCUGUGAAGCAGCAAUGGACCAAGCAAGGUCAACCAUAUCAAAAAUUUUUAAUGGGGAGCCACACUCCUACACACGGUUCAACUUGACACAGAACAUGGAAGGUGACAAUAGCCAAGUGGAGAUGAAGCUGUCGUCUGACAUGGAUGAAGAAGUUGGGGGAAAUGGAGUGGGAGACCAUCUCAAUCACAACCCAGUCCGCAAACCAUAUGUGGCUCAAAAGCUUGGACGUACACCCAAGAACCUCUGCUUCAUGGCAGCUGCAACCCUCCUCAUCUUUAUCAUUGGAUACUUAAUUGGCUACCUGGUCCAUCGAAAGAAAGACUUGGUUCCCAGCCCUGCAGUCUCCAUGCUUCCAAUUGAACAACCUGUUCUCCAUGAGACCGGUGCUGCCCCUCUUAUGGACUGGGACGAUGUCAAAGAGCUUUUGGCUGAAAAACUCACUGCAACCAAAUUUGAACCUGUCUUUAGUGAGUUUACCAGCAACAGCCAUCAGGCUGGUUCUCUGGGAGAUGAAGAUCUGGCGAUCAAGGUGAUCAAAAGGUUUAAAGAGUACGGCAUGAACACCUGGACUGAUGAGCACUUUGUUAAGGUUCAGGACCCCCCAGCUUCUGGCUCCAACAGAGUUGUUUUCAAGGACGGGAAAGAGGAGCGCCCAAAUGGAUUCCUGUCCUACAGUGCUAAUGGAACAGUAACGGGUGCCGUUGUGUAUGCACACUAUGGGCAGGAAAGCGACUUAACGUUUCUGCAGGGCAGGAACAUCAACCUGAAUGGCAGGGUUGUGCUGGUCAGAGCUGGUAGGAUCAGUUUUGCUGAGAAGGUAGCCAAUGCUGCCAAAAUGAAUGCCUCUGCUGUGUUGAUCUAUGCAGACCCCUUGGAUUACUCUAUCGGAGACACCACUCAGCUCUUUGGACAUGUCCACAUGGGUUCAGGGGACCCUUACACGCCAGGCUUCCCCUCCUUCAACCACACCCAGUUUCCUCCUGUCCAGUCUUCAGGUCUACCAACAAUCUUGGCUCAGACCAUCACAACAGCUAUGGCUACUAGCAUUCAGAGGGGGCUUGGGGGUCAGAGUGGGCCGGCAGAAUGGGCACUCUACCAUAAACUUGGAGACGACACAGAUGUUAUCACCGUGGAGGUCGACAAUGUUCUUACUGAUAAAAAGAUACAUAAUGUCUUUGGCGUGAUCAAAGGCUUUGUGGAUGCAGAUCGGUAUGUGGUCAUCGGUGCCCAGAGAGACGCAUGGGGUCCAGGUUUUGCAACAUCAACCGUUGGCACUAGCGUCCUCGUUGAGCUGGCUCGUUCCAUCUCAGACAUGGUGAAGAAUGAUGGAUUCAAGCCAAGGAGGACAAUUGUGUUUGCUAGCUGGAGUGCUGGAGAAUAUGGGAGCGUUGGUGCCACCGAGUGGUUGGAGGGUUAUCUGUCUUCUCUGAACAUGAAAGCCUUCUCCUACAUCAACCUGGACGGUGUUGUAACAGGUCGCAGUGGAUUUAAAGUAGCAGGCAGUCCCUUGAUGCACGGCCUGAUCGAGAACACUCUGAAAGAGGUGAACUUCGGCAAGGAUCAGUCUCUCUUUACUCAUUUUGGAAAGGGCAACUGGGAAUCAGAUGUUUUGGAGCCUCUGAAGUUGGAUAACGCUGCGUAUCCUUUCCUGGCCUUCUCUGGCAUUCCCUCAGUCUCAUUUAGAUUCACCUCUGGUAACUCAGACUACCAAUACUUUGGCACAAUGCUGGACACCAGGGAGAAGCUGAACUCGGCCACGGCCAACCAGGUUCCUCAGCUGGCUGUAACAUCGGCCCGGUUCGCAGGUCACAUUGCGCUGAGGCUGGUCCAUGAUCAUCUGUUGCAGAUGGACCUGGGGAAGUACGAGAAGAUUAUACGUACUCAUGUGGCUCAGAUCAAUACGAAAGUGAAGAAUGUUCAGAGGAUGAAGCCCCAGCUGUUGCCCAAGGCGCUGACAGUGCAGUGGUUGAUCUCAGCCUAUGGCUCCUACAGCCGUGCCUCUCGCAACCUGGCAACAGAAAUCCAGAACAGUGACCUGGAGGACAUCGAGAUGUGCCGCAUCAUCAAUGACCGCAUCAUGGCGGUGGAAAGGAACUUCCUGUCACCCUACGUGUCUCCCAAAGAUAGUCCUUUCCGCCACAUCCUGCUGGGCUCUGGCCCCCACACUGUCACAGCUCUGUCCAACCAUCUUGACGCCCUCAGGAACGACGACCCCGAUUCGGACGCCGACUUGUUCCGCAACCAGUUUGCCUUGGCGACCUGGACCAUUCAGGGCUGUGCCAACUCACUAGCAGGCGACAUCUGGUCCUUGGAUAAUGAAAUCUAAAAAAAAAAAAAAAAAAAAAACCCCCCCCCCCCCCCCCUCCCCCUCCCUUGUUAUGGUUUGGUCCUCUUAUCUCAACUGGCAGUGUGAAAACCAGUAGGCUGUUACAGUUCAGUCACAGUUAGUUUUAAAAUGACCUGAUUUAGGAAGUGAUAAGAUCUGGGCUGUUUCUAAAUGGAUACCAAUAUUUCCUUUAAGCCAAACAGUGAUCAAAUGUGCUUAAGCCUUUCGCCUUAACAAAAAAGUUUAAUAGGUCAUUCUUUUUUCUUUUCUUUUUUUUCCCCACUUUGAAAAGAGAAAUUCUUUAAUUUUUACAUGUGGUACUUAAAUACCACAAUCUUGAAUACUCUGGUGCUAGAAACAACUACCUUUAAAUGCCCGUGUUAUGUGGUGGUACUACUUUAAUUGGUGUUACUCUUUGCAUGAAAAGGAAACAGUGAAAGUGACGCUUUUUCAGCACAGUAUCAGGUCACACAGGAAUGACUGUGUUUGCCAGCUCAGAGGUUAAUUAAACAGAAAAGGGCAGUACAAUGUAAUAAGCUAAUGAUGUCCAUUUGUUUACCAUAAUAAUUACAAUUCAGAACUGCUGGUAUUUACACUGCUGCUGUAGCCUCAUGUAGAAACCUGAGCUGGUUUGUGUUGGUAGCUAUAAUUUCAUACUGUGCUGAAAUCUGAUACUGAACUCUUUGUCAAAGAUUCAGAAGUUGCUGAAAAGGACUGAAGAUUAAUUUACAAUAACACAGCACAGAACACACCUAGAAGUAGAUUUGAGACAAUCAGCUGUUGUUACUGGCACUGUCCAAUACUUAAGCUGCAUUAAUCUUUAAAGAAAAGUCCUAUGUACAUGCAACAACUCAAAAAAAACAAAAAACAAUCUCAAGUUGUUAAUUAUCUGAAUCAUCCACCUCCUGACAUGAGAGGAAGUCUGCCUUUCAGAAACCCAAGGGAGAGGGUCUCCAACCAUGUGGCACUGAAACAACAAACCGUACAUCUAUUUAUUGUGUUAUUUAUUUAUCAGUGGCAGGGUUCACUAUAAAUAGUUUUUUUUUAUCGCCUUUUAUAAAAAAAAAAGUAUAAUUAUCGGGAGCAGUGCCUUCCAUAAUUAUGACAGUUAUACUGUCGAAAUGACAAAAGCAGCAUCUGCUAAAAGAAGUGUACAUGUUGACCGACGGCCAGUGCUGCACACAGCACCACUCAACUCUGAGGUCAAAUUUUCUUUCUACAUAACUGACACUGGAUUGGACUUUUUAAGCAAGGCCAGAUCAAAUAUCACACUUGACAAUAUUUCCUGAACAUCUCUGGAUGUCUCCUCAGUACUGGCUCUCUGCUACAUGUACACUUCUCAUCCUGACAACAUUAUCGGAAGCAGUGUCUUCCAUAAUGGGGAAAAAAGAAGAAGGUAGUUUUUGCCUACCACUGUGUGUCUGUAUCGGAGGCAGUGCCCUCCAUAUUUCACUGUAGGGGUGGAUGUUUUUAUUAUCGGGAACAGUGUUUCCCAUAAUGUUUGUAUAUAUACAGUUCAUUGCUACACAAUACACACACGUUGCCUGCAUCUUUAGAGCCCUUCUAUGAUGUUUCCAUGCUAAUGUACCUGUAGUUUCCUCUCAGACAGAUUGCAGCCUACAGCUUCUGCUCACAGAUCUCAGAUAGUGAUAAGUUUUAACAUCAGCUCAUGUGAAAACAUUUCCCAUCUGUAAACUGCGUGUCUUCAAUCUGUUCUGUUUCUUUAGUGAGUUUUUUUGGGUCUCAUUUAAUUCAAAUCUUUUCCUUUUCUUUUGGUUGAGUAUGGAACUGAUAUGGAAGGUCUCCAGCUUAAAAGAAAUCAUGAUACAAACAUGUUGGGACCACUGGUUACAGUGGUCGUUCAGUACUUCCAGAAAAAAGACCACUCUGCAAUAUCUGUUGGUUUUUUAGUGAUUUGGUCAGUGUGAAAGUACAUUCUACCUUCUAUUUUGAUGUGUUCAUUCAUUCUUGUUAAGAGAUUUCCUGGUGCCUUUUUGUUUUGUGACUGUAUUAUAGAACUAAGUUUCUACAUACAGCACUUUAAGGACUUUUGGAGGAUGUAUAUUUGGCUUGUUUUGACAUUUCUGUACUUUUUUUAUUUUUUUUUUCUUCACUGUUUUCUGCUAGGAUCUAAAGUUACUGGUGUAAAUGCCUGUUAUGCUACAACACAUUUUAGAUAGUUACAGAAAAGAUGAAAUUGUGACAAUGAAAGGAAAACUCAGUGUAAAUGGAUUUAAAAAUUACACUGAACGUUUCUUUUCUUUAGCCACUCUAACUGUGGUCAGAAUGUCAUUCAUUGUUUUCAAAUGUUUUAUUAUGGGAACCACCUGAUGCUAUGCCUCUAGAAAAACAUGUUUAAGUUCAGUAGCCAUUUAAAAAUCAUUUGUUAGCCAUUCAUAGUUUGAGUGAUUCAUCUGGUCUGCUGGGCUAUAGUGAGGUUACAUUUCUAAUAUUGGCAACUUGCCAACCAUAAGGAAAAAUAUUAACUAAAUUGUCAAUCUUUCCUAUGGGGACGCAGACAAAGCAAUUGGUCUGUACAAUUUCUCUUUAUUUAUUUGAGGGGAUUCGAAAUUCUGACAUUUAUAAAUAAUGCGUUCCGAUAUUGUUAAAAUAACUGAGCAUUUUUCCCUUCAAACUUGAUACAAGUUUGCUUAGCUUUGUUUUUUUUUUUUGUUCUUUUUGCUGCAAUAAAUCAUCACAUCACAA